AUGUCUACACUCGAAGACCAGCCGCCGCAGGCAGUGCAACUGGAGGCGCUGACUGUGAUGAAGACGAUCAAGCACUGCGCUGCUCGACAUCCAGCGACAGCCACUGGUUUUCUCGUAGGCAUGGACAACAAUGGCACCCUCGAGGUCACAAAUUGCUUUCCUUUCCCUAUCGUCGACGUUCCAGCGGAGGCACAAUUCGAGCAGCAACAUUUCAACUCUGCCGCCGCAGCCCCACGCGCAAAAGCCAAUGCCGCAUAUCAAGCUGAGAUGAUUAGGAUGCAGAAAGAAGUCGGUGUCGAUGCUAAUAAUGUCGGAUGGUACACCAGCGCUAACCUGGGCGACUUUGUCAACUCCAACUUCAUUGAGAAUCAAUAUUACUACCAGAAAGAACUUAAUGAGCGCACCAUCGCUCUCGUGCACGAUAUCAGCCGAAGCUCGCAAGGUGCGCUGAGCAUGCGUGCGUUCAGGCUAUCACCUCAAUUCAUGACAGCAUACAAGGAGAACAAGUUCACCACAGAAGCUUUACUGAAAUCUGGGCUCAAAUAUAGCGAAAUCCUCGUCGAACUUCCCAUCCGCCUGCAUAAUGCCCACAACGUAACGACCUUCCUUAACCAAAUACCUUCCCUCUUGUCAAAGGGAGAGAUUACACCUCCAACAUCCGUUCACAGCAUCGAAUCCAACCCAAGCAUAGCCCGUGACGAACUCGGCCCUAACUUCGACAAAUUGGCAUUAAACAUCGACCCAUUCCUCCAGCAGACGUGUGACAAUCUGCUCGACUCGGUUGAGACACACCAUGUAGAGAGCAAUAACUUCUCAUACUACUCAAGAGCGUUAGGCAGAGAACAGCAGAAGAUACAGCAAUGGCAGGCGAAGAGGAAAGCGGAGAAUGCAGCAAGAGCGAUCAGCAAGCAGCCACCGUUACCAGAAGAUGAGUGGCAGAAAUUGUUCAAGUUGCCUACGGAACCAAGCCGGUUGGAGAGCAUGCUCAAUAGCAGACAGGUUGAGCAGUAUGCGAAGCAGGUUGAUGGAUUCGUGGCUGGCACUUCUGGAAAGAUGUUUGCUGUUAGGGGCAAUCUGUUACCUGGUGAGGCUGGGUCUUCAGUUGAAUAG